CACUGAGUGUUUGGUAGAUAACAAUGUGUGCACUGAGGAGCGGCGGUGGCGGUGCCGCGUUCAGUGCUACCACGCGCUGACGUGCAAAGGAUGCAGCUGUGGGACCCACCGAGCUGUACAGGUCAAAAGUGCUGGUGACGACGACGACGUAUUGAUGUAGUCGAAGUUGCGUGUGAGGCUUCAGAAGAGUCUCAACACCUGUCUCCAUGAAAGCGGAGAGAAAGAGAACCAAAUUAUUAUUAAUAAUUACUGAAAACAAAGAGUCAGUGUUUCUCCCAGCAUCUGCAUGUGCAUAAGCUUCGAUUUCAACCUCUUCUUCACGCUAUGCUAUGCAUAUAUCUAAACAGAUUAGCGACGGUUAUUACUAGUGCUACAGUUAACCAACCUGAAGCUGAAUCAGGGUGGGAGGAAUGGCAUCGACGGCUAGAGGCGCCAAGAGACGCCACGCGAUAAGUAGAAAAAUGCUGAUCUUCUUCUCCGCUUCCCUCUCAUGCGUCGUCGUUUUACUCCUCCUUUCUCUCUUCAGAUUCCACUCUCCCAAACCCUCAAUUUCCGUUUCUCGCGUCUUCGACGGCCCUCCCAAGAUCGCUUUCUUGUUCCUCGUUCGCCGCAACCUUCCUCUUGAUUUCCUCUGGGACGCUUUUUUCCAGAACGGUGACGUUUCGAGAUUCUCGAUUUAUGUUCACUCCACGCCUGGCUUUGUGCUGGAUGAGUCAACCACCAGGUCGCAGUUCUUCUACGGUCGACAAAUCAGUAAUAGCAUUCAGGUUUUAUGGGGAGAAUCAAGUAUGAUUCAGGCUGAGAGGUUGUUACUGGAAGCAGCCCUAGAGGACCCUUCAAAUCAAAGAUUUGUUCUUCUCUCGGACAGCUGUGUUCCUCUGUACAACUUUUCGUACGUGUACAAUUAUGUCAUGGUUUCUCCGAAGAGUUUCGUGGACAGUUUUCUUGAUGUAAAAGAGGGCCGCUACAACCCAAAAAUGUCACCUAAAAUACCAAGAGAAAAAUGGCGUAAAGGGUCCCAGUGGAUCACUGUAAUUCGUAAGCAUGCAGAAGCGAUUGUAGAUGAUGAUGUAAUCUUUUCUGUCUUUAAGAAAUAUUGUAAGAGACGUCCACCAAUUGAUACAAGCAAGGGAAAGCUGAAUCUGAAACUUCAGAAGCUGCACAAUUGUAUUCCAGAUGAACACUAUGUGCAGACAUUGCUUGCAAUGCAUGGCCUCGAAAGCGAACUUGAACGUAGAACGAUAACCUAUACCCUAUGGAAUCAGUCUACUACAAAAAUGGAGAAUAAAGGCUGGCAUCCUGUUACUUUCGGCUAUUCAAAUGCCGGCCCUCAAAGGAUAAUGGAAAUAAAGGGUAUCAAUCAUGUUUAUUAUGAGACUGAGUACAGGAUAGAAUGGUGUCGUAGCAAUUCCACGUCCGUUCCAUGUUUUUUGUUUGCAAGGAAAUUCUCUCAGGGAGCUGCAAUGCGCUUGCUGAGCCAGGAAGUUGUUAACCACUUUGAAGUUUCUGCACUGUUAGCCACUCCUCCAUGACUUAGCCUAAACUGAUUAUUGACUGACUUACGAAGAUAGAUACUCCACGUAAAGAAAUUUUGAUGAGAUUUCUAUACAGCAUACACCACACAGACAGAUUUUGAAGACAAAUGUCGCUACGGUUAAUUAAUGGAGAAGGUAAAGUAGCUGCGGAUUAUGAGCUCUGAUGGGACCAUUUUAUCAUGUUAGUGAGAGGUCUUAUAUACAUUAUACCACAAUUAUAAAAUGAUAAUCAUACGAAGUAAUAUGUUAUUGUAAUAUAAAAAGAAUAAUUUUUCAGUAACAUCUGGAAAAUUUAUUUUGGAUA